AAACUGUGGAGUUCGACUUCCUCGAUCUCCAGCCUUGCUAGUUGCUACAAUUACGUCGGAAAUUCCAGUUUCAGAAGACAAAGAAGAUCAGAUUGAACCAGAGAAAGCAAAACAAGAUGCAAAAUCUGCAUCGCGUCUUCUCUCGCCUCUCGAUUUCGACAAUUAAUGCAAGAGCAAUUGCAUCACUAAGAGGAUCGAGCUCAAGAGGUUUCUCCACGAAAUCUGGGAGCGGAGGUGGAAAUGAGGAUGCUUGGGAGAAAGGUUGGGAGACCUACGGAGGUUCAUCUUCUUCUUCUGGGAAAAAAGAACCUGACGGGUCCUCCUCUGAUAUCGGUUGGGACUCUGUUUCGUCGUGGUCGACCGGAUUGACCAAAGAGCACUUCGAUGGUGAGGUAGUGGGUCGUCAGGUAUCUCCCGGAUCCGGUGAUGCGGCGCCGUCCCUUUCUCCGACGGUUUCAGAGUCGGAUUUCAGUGAUGAGGUGGCGGAGUUGGAGAAGGAGAACAGGAGGAGCAAGGAAUACGUCGACAGUUGGGGAGAGAGGAUGAAGGAGAUCAGUGUCUUGCUGAAGCAGGUGAGAGAGCCUGGAGCUAGGGGCUCAUAUCUCAAGGACUCCGAGAAGGCUGAGAUGUAUCGUCUGCAUAAAGAGAACCCCGAAGUCUAUACAAUCGAGAGAUUGGCCAAGGAUUAUCGGAUUAUGCGGCAGAGGGUCCAUGCUAUCCUGUGGCUUAAGGAACUCGAGGAAGAAGAGGAGAAGAAGCUAGGCCACCCAUUGGAUGAUUCUGUUGAGCUAUUGCUUGAUACUUGUCCAGAAUUAUUCAAUUCUCAUGACAGGGAAUUCCAUUUGGCUUCCCUUCCUUACAAGCCUGAUUUUAAGGUUAUGCCUGAGGGCUGGGAUGGUACUACCAGAGAUCCUGAUGAGGUUCAUUAUGAAAUAUCAAUGAAGGAAGAUGAGAUGCUAUAUGAAGAAUUUGUCCAAAGAAUGAACUUCAACAAAAAGAAGAUGGCUGGUGAAGUAAAAAGCCACAAGUAUAGCAGGAGACGCUCCUCUGAAGGCUGGAACUUCACGGUUGAGAAACUAGGUCCACGAGAAAAGCGGGGAAAUGGUGGUGGCUGGAAAUUUGUCAGCUUACCAGAUGGGUCCAGCCGUCCAUUAAAUGAAAUGGAGAAGAUGUAUGUGAAAAGGGAGACAGUCAGACGCCGUCGAAGAAUUCUUCCUUGAUUUGUCCUAGAGCAAAUUUUCUACUGUUUAUUGCUGUGUGGCAACUAAUCUUUCCAGAAUUUACAAGCUAAGCUCCUCUAACAGGUCAGAAUCUCAAAAUAUGUUCUUAUGUUUAGCUUAGCUGCCAAAAAAAAUGUUUAGCUUAGUUCUCAUCCCUCCUAUGGUAGAACAGGAGAAUGGUUAAAAUCCUGGUCUCGAUUAUGUGAUACAAUCUUCGGAUGAAUCAUGAAUGAGAUAAUGUAGCGCAACGGGAUGGUUUAUGUAGAAAAAAGAUCUAGAAAUGCUUUUU